AUGGACGCGCCCCUUACCCUGAACGAUGUUCCUGAUUCGUUUUUGGCUCAAUUCGUAAGAAAUAAGCGAAAUGCUACAGAUAAAGAGAUUAUUGAUGCAUACUUAGAACAAGGAGAACCUUCAGCAUCCCAUCUGCAAAGUAGUGUUGAUGCACAGAAAUUUAACACAAAUUACGAUACCUUGAAAAGAACAUUCAGGAGCACAUUAAUAAAACCUUGA